AUGUCCUAUGUCCCGAUAACCACAUAUCGUGUGGACGAAGCACGUGUACCACGUGUUUAUUGUUCAUCAAGUGGGAUUACGUCAGAGAAUCUAUUAUCGGGAUCUGAUAUAGUUAAUCCUCCAACUUCACAAAAUGAUGAAAUGCCUUCAAAAAGAAGUAGACAUUCGACUUUACCGGUGGAGAUUAGAGAAGAAACACGUCGA